UGAAUCGCAAUUUUCCUUUGGGUGAAUCUUGUAGUCAAAAUUAAAAAGGGAGCAGUGCGAAUAAGAGAUAAUAUUGCUAGACACACACUUUGUGAGCAAUUGAAGCGAUCAAUAGUUUUGUGAACUUAAUCUUACCAAAAUUGAAAUGAAUAAUCCUGACGCAUACAAAAAUACGAAAGCUUUACGUGACGACAACCAUGCACAGCUUAUUGAAGAAUUCACUCCCAAAUUCAACUGGCGCUCAGAUGGCAGAGAUUCUGUGCUGGAUAUCGGAUGUGCGGGUGGUAAUGUUACAUCUGGUCUUAUUUUACCUAAAUUACCUUCGACCUUUUCGCAAUUGAUCGGUGUCGAUAUUAAUGACAACAUGGUUGACUACGCGACGAAAAAUAAUCAAAUUCCGAAAGUAUCGUUCAAGAAACUGGAUAUCGGAGCUGACAUCAGCGAGUUCAUGCAUGAAUAUGGUCCAUUCGAUCAUAUCAUUUCGUUGUUCUGCUUUCAUUUGGUACCCGAUCAAAAGCUAGCAAUACAAAAUGUGUAUAAUCUGCUUGGGACGAAUGGUAGUUGUUUUAUACACUUCCUGUGUGAAUAUGACGGUUUCGAUGUGUACAAGAAGACGUACCCAAAAUGGUCUGAAUAUAUGGUGGACAUUGAUGAUUUUAUAUCACCGUACCACCGUAGAAUAGACCCAGUGAAUAUGAUAAGGAAACAUUUAAAAAAUGCUGGAUUCAGUAGGUACACCGUGGAGGAAAGACGGAAAUGGAUCGCUUAUCACGAUGUUCAAUCGUUUAAAGGUGCAUUCGCACCAGUCAUUCCUUUCUUCAGCCGAAUACCAGUGGAAAGACAGGAAGAAUAUCUUGACGAAUAUGUCAAGUUCUCAUUGGACGUUAAACCAGAUCCAUUGGCGGAAGUGCAAAAUUUCAAGGCUGGGCAAGAUGUGAACAUAUUUGUUGCAUAUAGAACCGUGGUGGCAUUCGCACAAAAAUAAAAAGAUUAUUGACGAUUGUGUUCUGAUUCUGGGAGUUGGUGUGGUUUUGAUUAUACAAAAAUUUCGUUUAACAAAU